UUGGUCCAGUUCCCGGCGCUGAAAGUUCACUUCUACCACAAGGAAAUUCUGAAAACUCUGGGCAACCUCAUCGGACGAACUAUCCGAUUGGAUUUCCAUACCCUAACGGUCCAGCGCGCGAAAUUUGCCAGAAUAGCUGUGGAAGUGGAUUUGUCGAAGCCCCUGGUGCCCCGUAUAUGGCUUGCUGAUGCGUGGCAAAAGGUCGAGUAUGAAAAUCUGCCGGAGGUUUGCUUUGAGUGCGAUAGAAUCGGACAUUCCUCUACGCUCUGUCCCAAACUUCAGACUACAAAGUCUCCAGCGAUUUUGGCGAUCACCAGCGGAGAGACUCAGGCGACCGAGGCUGCACAAGCGACGGAGGAAUCGAACCCAGGAUUCGAGCCAUGGAUGCUAGUCUCCCUCAAAAGCAGGCGGAACUCACGGGAUCUCCCCAAAAAAGGGAAACUCAAGACCAAUUCUAGGAGCUCCAGCGGUGGGAUAGUGUCAAAACAGGGUAAGCAGGAUGACUUGGUUAAAGAGAAUAGGCAGGCAUCCCCAAUAUCUUCGACUCCUACCUCUUUUGCGUCACAAUGGCCACCAUCUCUAGAAAGGAAAGGCGGAGCGGGUAAGAAGGCUGGGGACGGGAUAAAGAAAGGGAAAGAGAUCGUCUCUUAUGAAACCCAUGACCGGGAACGAGGUCUGCUGGGCUCGAAACUGGAUAGCAAGGCUAGUGGUAGUGGGUCUAAGCCCACAACUGACCAGGCCCAAGACUCAACCUCGGCCCAUAUUCUUUCUAAAGCUUCUGCUACCCCAAAAUCGAAGACCCAACCCCCGUCGCCACCACCGAUCUCCAACCACGCGUCUGUUAAGGAAACUGGAAGUUCGACGACCCUUGCCUCUCCCCCGCCGGUCAGUACUAUUACCGGCGUCAACGGCACGUCGAUGCAGAUUGUCAAUCUCCAACCCAAGCUGAUAGAAGAGAAGAAAGGAAACGCCUCCCAAUCACCCUCAGUUAAGACGAGGACGAAAAAGAGCAAAGCUCGGCAAUCUGGCAACCGAAGGACUCCCAUGAAGCUCAGCCCAAUGAAAGGACUUCAAGUCUGGACUCCAAAGAAAGACCGAAAAACUAAAGCUAGAUCGAGAAUUGCUACGCUAACUCUCCAAGAAAUUAACGCCUGGACAGGUGCUGCUAGGGAGAAAGCGGGCGGCAACAACACAAUGUCUCGCUCGGAGGAGCAACCAGGGGCUGCUAAAGCCAUCGAUCAGACCGAUCUCACCUCCUGA